CUCAUAGAGGUGGUACUUUCCAUUCAUCCUAUGUGAACAUCAGCAUAUGAUAACGAAAUGGCAGACAGCGAGAUGUAACAGGAUAUACAUGCCACGGGAAACAGAACACCCAUUGCCAAUCAACGUCUGUCAUUCCAUUCAGACCACGCCAAACCGUCACCACUUCCGUGCCCGAUUGCUCCAUGAAUGAUUGGCUGUCGUUGCUUUUGAGCGAACACACGCCCGUGCAAGGUAUUCUGCCCCUUUUUGAUUCGCUCUUACCAUGCAUUCGACUACGAAUUGGCCGGGGGCACGUGGGCGUUUAGGUGAGAGCGGGGUAUGUCAUGACCGAGAUCGAAAUAUUUGAGAGACUGCUAGGUUUACUUUCCAGAAUACCUAGAGGUCCUCGUCGUUAAACUGUCCUAGCUUCCAAAAAAAUGCAGCCAGCGCCAAACGCAAACUGGCUCAAGGAGGUCGUCUGUCCGCCAAAUACGAGGCUGGAUAUCGUCGCAGUUCAUGGAAUGAACAUCGCAAACAGGUCAGACCAUGCGGAGAAUACCUGGACCGACCAGGAGACUGGCACAAACUGGCUUAGAGAUCUUCUUCCAAGCGUAGUCCCUUACGCAAGGAUCCUGGCAUACUGUUACAAUGCCAACAUCCUGUUUGGAGCAUCGGCAGCCGGCAUAAAAGAGCAGGCUGACAAUUUGCUGUUGUGUCUAUCCAACAAGCGAAAGGCAGCCCCAGCACGUCCGAUAAUCUUCAUCACACACAGCAUGGGCGGGAUUUUGGUGAAAGAGGCCAUUGCGACUGCUUACCAUGGCGACGAGACCUAUGCUUCAAUAUCGGCGAUGACCUACGGGAUUUUCUUCUUCGGCGUUCCGCAUUACGGCUCCCAGCACGCCUCCUGGGGGCAGACAGCCGCUCGGGUCAUCCGCAGUGUCAACAACCAGGUCAACGAUUCGUUCUUAAGAGCUGUCGAGGCGCAAUCGUCGUAUAAUGAUGCGCUCAAUGCCCGAUUCCGGCCUCUCCUCGAGGCGUAUAGGUUCUUUACGAUCUGCGAGACUAUAUAUGAGGUGGUCGGGGGAGUCAAUGUUGGGUUGAUUGUCGAUAAGAGCUCGGCUGUCUUGAAAGAAUGUCCCAAGCAAGUCACUUAUUCGCCGAACCGGACACAUAGAACUCUGUGCAAGUUCUCCAGCAUGGACCCCGAGUGGCAUGAAAUCUCAGCCAUGUUUAGCAGCGCGGCAAAUCAGGCUGUCCAUUGUAUCUUCUACAGCCCCAUCCCUUCCAUACGCGCCGAGAUAUUGCAAGAUCGCUCAUGGAGCCUAGAAGAUAUUGAAGAAAGACCCUCAAUUCCCCUAUGCACAGCCAUAACCAACGCAAAGAAAUGCCACGAUGUCAUAAUACAGGAUCUGCAGCCCAACGGUGCGAUUCAUCGGCGUCAGGAGGAGAUCAAACAGCUCAAUGGUGAAAUCGCAGGCUCCGUCAGCUGGCUAUGGUCAUUUGUUAUGCGCUUUAUCGGCCUCCCCUUCCUGAUCCCAUUUUUGAUAGCCAGUAGUUUCCUUCCGAGCAGAGACGACGUUGCAGCAAAUGCCGACACUGCACAGGCGCAAGAGCAACGUGUUAUGGGCAUCGAGAAAGACGUUAUUCAGCGUCUAGACGAGAAUCAAUGCUUGGCAUUUAAGAACAUCAUGCUGCUGGAGGGUGCUUUGGCAUACCAGCCGCUGGAAGGUAUGACGGGGACUGGGGCGGAUAAUUUGGCUUAUGGUAAGAGGUUGCUCCGAACUCUGCACGAGGACGUUGUGCGGAUGAUCUUGGAAACUCAGCGACACGACAGGUCGUAUCUUGAGGCACGGCGAAGGGUAAAUCUGAUCGAGGAUGCGAAGAGGGAAACGACAGGUAAGAGCGAUAGCGAAUACUGGGUUACGAUUGGGGAAAAGGUACGCGAGGAGCAGAGGUUGCAAGAGAGGAUGAGGGCUGUGGGUAUUCCCCAACCGCCGCCGGACGAGGGGUGGAUUUGCCCCUGCGUUAUCCUUUGAAGAAGGUCGGCAGUUUUGAUGGCCGCACUUUACUCUCAUACUGUAUAGUUGGAGGCUCGAGUUUCGAUCAUUGAAUUUCAUCCACCGCCUGCUACCCGUUACAUUUCCUAAUCUCUUGCAAUAUUGGCUUAAUAUAUACCUAUUUGGUUGUCGUACUGGCAGUUAUUACUUUUACCACAUGUUUUUGCUAUCAGCUGAGCCGAUGUGAAUUGCUUAUAGAAUGCCUCAUGUCUUCCCUCUUGG